AUGUGCGUGAAGAAAUGGAAAGAUGAGGAUAGAAAGAAAAACAUCAAAUCCGACUACAAAAAGCUCAAGAAGUACUGCUCAUCGAUCUGUGUUAUCGCACACACUCAGGUUUGUUAAUUUGAAUAAGAAAGUCGGAUUAGAAUGGUUUAUUAUUUUUAGAUGAAAACCGUCAACCGAUGUUAAUAGAAAGUGAACUUGGUCGAAAUCCAAAUCAACAGAGGAACCAUCGCUCAAAGGUCGACUGGACUGGCGAGCUCCCAGAGAAGAAAAUCCAAGUUAGAAGUGUCUUCUUGGUGCUGGUCAGUACAUGGUGAGUGAUUUUCUCGAUAAAAAUACGUAGAUGUGCUGUAGUUAGAAACCUACUCGAAUUUGAGUCAAGUCGUUAAGAAUUUCAACAAACACAAUAAAUUUUUUGAAAACUCAUUUCCACCAUGAGAUAAUCGACCAUCGAAGUCGAGUCUUUGAAAACCCAUCGACUCGACUUUACUAGACAACAAAUAAUUCCAAUAGCAAAAUACUUUGUCUAAUUUGCUUUAUUUCCAGAACUCAAACCUACAUGCUCCACCAACACUCAUCUUUUCGACAUCAAAUCAACUCAAGAUGAAUUGGAAACUACUUCUCUGCCGGACUGA